GGCUGGCGGACUGCGGUGGGCACUGUUAUGGAACUGGCAUUUGUCUGUACCGCAUCAAACCGCGAGGGACCCUUCACCACUACAACUAUACGUCGUGGCUUCAGAGCCUUACUAUUGUCAUCUACAGUAUAAUACACAUGAGAAUCUGGGCGUCAUUCACCUUUGCGCCCAUUCAUCUACUUUUCACCCGUUUGUCAACUCAGACCCGAUUGUCACCCUAAUUCCUCCCUGUUUCCACCACCGCAUAUAUCUCUUCCUCUUCUCCCCUACGUCUGCCGCAUCCUCCGAUCGAAACACUUGCCUCUCUUCGAGCCCUACACGGAAACAAACACACAAGGCAUCAUGCCAGAAGAACUCGAGGUGAAAGAUGAGCGCCAUGAAAGCCAGGAAGAUGGCGGCGAGGAAGAAGAAGAAAUCGCAGCGAUGAAGAGACGCGUUGCCGAGAUGGAGUCCGAAGCCGCCAAACUACGAGAAAUGCAAAGUCAACUCGAGCAACAGUCCGAGGGUGGUCGCAGAGAAGAUCGAGAGGACGUCGACGCGCGCAGCAUCUUCGUCGGCAACGUCGACUAUGGCGCGACGCCAGAAGAGAUUCAAGCACAUUUUGCCAGUGGACCAGGAUCGAUAAACCGCGUCACCAUCCUGCUGGACAAGUUCACUGGUCAUCCCAAGGGGUAUGCAUACGUGGAGUUCUCAGACCCGGCAUUGGUGGCACAGGCCUUGGUCCUCAACGAGAGUGUUUUCCGUGGUCGUAAUCUCAAGGUCGUCCCGAAGCGAACCAAUCUUCCCGGCAUGACUAGAGGUCGAGGCGGUCGAGGCGGUCCAAUGCGUGGUCCUCGAGGAGGGUUUGGCGGCCGUGGUGGUUACGCAGGAGGCUUCGGAGGUCACGGUGGUGGCUAUGGCGCUCCACGAGGCGGCCCGCGAGGUGGCUUUCGAGGUCGCGGUCGUGGAUAUGCCCCUUAUUGAGAGGACACCGACCUCCUUGACGACUUGACACUCAAGCCUACACGUGCUAUGAGACACUCGGAGACUACAUUGAGACCUGUUUGCACGGCAACUAUGCGUUGCUGUCGCGCGAGUCCCAAGCCAUUGCUGCAUACCACGCCCUCUGGUUUUGGAGACACAUAUCGACGGCAGACUCAAAUCACAUUUGAGAGUAGCCUGGCGGACAGACUGCCUAUGCGCACGGUUUGACGAAGCUUAUGGAAUGCAACCCCAAUGGGCUUCUGAGAGCUGCAGAAGUACUAGUACCUCGAGGACGCGAAGAGCAUAUCUCGCAGACUGGCCGGCACGGCAACAGCUAGAACACGAGGUGUCCAGGUUCCUCCAUCAAUGCGCAUUGUCAAAAUUCGUGCUACAUAUUUCCAAUGCUGCUCAUUGAUUGCUGUUUGUAGCUCCGGUGGUCGUAGUUGUUGUGGUCGCGCCCGUACUUUUGAUCCUCGUGAGUUGCCACUAUUAGUAUUACUAUUGUUUCUACUGCUAGGAUUUAUUGUUGUGUUGCUGGUCACGACAGGUCAUUUUC